CUGCAUCAUGACAUCACAUUGGCUACGUCCUAGUGACUUGCCUGGCAGGCAUUGUUCUUCGGUCAUGACAUCAUUGGUUCAGGUGGAAAGUGUCAAUGGGGAUUCUCAGGUGGAAAGACACCAGCGCGCCACCUUCUUCCUAGGAUGCAAAGCAAAAGAAAACCGACACCUGGCACAAAUCCCCAAACCAGAGCUGGAACAAGUUCACGUACAUUAUGGCAACGACAGUUGCGUUUAGGAGAGCUUUUAUCCCCGCAGUCACGGCUUUUCAAUAUCAAGUUACAAAUAGUUGAAUCUGAAGAAUAUUUUUCGUUACCCGAAUGUCAUCGGGAUUUAAGUAUCGGAAAACUGAAGAAUCGACUUGAGCUUUUUGUUGGGAUCCCAGUGAAUUUCCAGCGAAUUCAAUAUCUGGAUGAAGAUCUUGAGGAUGAGUCUACAUUGAGGAAACAUGAAAUCGUCCCUGGAGGAACUCUCACUAUGCGAAUUUGGCCAGAAGAUUCUUGGGGACAAUUGGUGGCUGCAGCUGCAAGUGGAAAGGUCAAGAAGUUGCAAACCGUAGGAGUUACACAGACCUCCUCGUUCAGCACUGCAAAUUCGAGGCUAAUGACGGAAGAAAAGAGGAAUGACUGGUUAGCGCACCGAGCAUUCGUGGCUUUAUUUAUUACAGCUCACAGAGGCCACACGAGGGCAGUGGAAUAUUUGCUCCAAAAUGGUGCUGAUGUGAAACUUAAAACCCCUCUGGGUAGAACAGCCCUCCACGUUGCUGUCACUUCGGGCCAGGUUGAAUGUAUCAGUAUCCUCCUUGACUCUGGAGCCAGGGUCAGCGAUGAGGACAAUGAAGGGCACAAUGCUGUACAACUGGCCCGGCUGUGGAAACAGAGAGAGAGCGAAAGGAGGCUUUUCCGGCACAGGUGGAUGAUCCGAACAGUUAGAAGCAGCCAACACCAAAACAUCAAAUAGAAGCUGGAAGUCAACGCAGAUUUUUUUAAAAAAUUGCACAACUGAUGUAGGGAUUAAGAACACUUUCCAUGUGAAUUUUCCUUCAGAAAUGUAUGCUGUAUUGAAAUACAAGACUUCAUUUCUCCACAGAGGUUGUACCCAACUGUAAAUGAGAUAGUUAUAGCAAUGAUAGAAAGUCUUAAAAUUCCUCCAUGGUUACUAGUGUAAGGCAUGUGCUCCUCAGGAUUGAGCUACAGUGUUUGGGGGAAAUCUUGCUACUUCCAUCCUGUUAUCCCAGCAACCAUCAGACACUUAUGGAAUAGAUGAGGCUGGUAGAAGAGCCUAAAGUCAUCCAGAGAGCUUUCAUGACUGAGGUGAGCUAGAACUAAGGUUACCACGGUUCUAGAUCAACCCCUUAACCUCCAUACCAUACUACGUCUCUUAUCUCCCCUGAUGUAGUUCCACUAUUAUAUCUAGAAGGUACCUGACUGUAUUAAACUGUGUAUAAUGUGUUGGGUCAAUCUUAUUCAAGUUUGUGUUCAGAUCACCAAGUUAGAACACCUAUAGGAGUUCCUAUAGAGGUCUAGUAGUUCCUGUUUACAUUACAAGAUCGCUGGAUUGAAGAAAUCUCAAUUAAAUGGUUUGACACCUUAAUGCUCCACACUAAAUGCUUAGUUCAAUUAAAAAUUAUCUUGAGAAAG